CUACUACCGGAACAGCAUACACUCCUUGCUCUCUGGUACCAAUGAAUCGAGCUUCACUCUACUCUCCCUGUCAAACCAAAAACCCAUUCUUUAACAUCUGUUUCAUACUAAAAAUCUCAACUCUCUCUUCUUCUUCUUCUUCUUCUUCUUCUCUACAGACCAUCCCAGACUCUCCCUCCACAUCAAUCUCAAACCCUCUUUACCAUUUUCUCCCCCAAACCCAAAACCCCAACAACAUAGUCAAUCUCAUCUGCUCAGCCCUCAAGCAACAACAGACCCACCACCAUCUUUCCCAUCUCCAAAACCACCUCAAACCCCUUCUUCCCCAUCUGGGUGGUCAACAAAUCUCAAGGGUUCUCCUCAGGUUCCAAUCUGAUCACUCCUCAGCUCUUGUUUUCUUCAACUGGGUCAAGCAUGGUUUGGGCCUCAGACCCACCACCCAGAACUAUUGCAUUGCUCUUCAUAUUUUAGCUUGCUCUAGAAAGUUUCCCCAGGCUAUGAAAUUGUUGUGUGAAUUGAUAGAGCUGGUUAGGGAUGUGGGUGCGUCAUCCAAAGAUGACAUUUUUCAUAGUUUGGUUGUUUGUGCUCAAGAUUGUAACUGGGAUCCAGUUAUCUUUGACAUGCUCAUUAAGGCUUAUGUGAAAGCAGGUAUGAUUAGAGAUGGUUUUAUCAGUUUUAAGAAGACACUAGAAGUCGGAUUUGUUCCGAGUGUGAUUGCUUGCAAUUGUCUUAUGAAUGGGUUAGUGAGGUUGAAUUGUUUGGAUCAGUGCUGGGAGGUGUAUGAGGAUAUGGGAAGGAUUGGGGUACACCCAAAUGUGUAUACUUUUAAUAUUUUGACUAAUGUUUUGUGCAAGGAUGGAGAUGUUGCGAAAAUGAAUGCUUUUUUGGAUAGAAUGGAAGAAGAAGGAUUUGAUCCCGAUGUCGUGACUUAUAAUACUCUGAUUAGUAGCUAUUGUAGGAAAGGAAGGUUGGGAGAUGCGUUUUAUUUGUAUAAGAUCAUGUUUAGGAGGGGUGUGAUGCCGGAUUUAGUUUCGUACACUGCCUUGAUGCACGGUCUUUGUAAACAAGGGAAUGUGAGGGAGGCUCAUCAGCUUUUUCAUCGGAUGGUUCAUAGAGGGUUGGAUCCAGACAUUGUCUCGUAUAACACUCUUAUUGGUGGUUAUUGCAACAAGGGGAAGCUGCCAGAGAGUAAGUCAUUGUUGUAUGAGAUGAUAAAAAAUGGUCUUCAUCCAGAUGAUUUCACUUGUAGGAUGGUCACAGAAGGAUAUGGCAAAGAAGGCAAGUUGCUCUCUGCACUGAAUUUGGUAGUGGAGCUUCAACAGUUUCAAGUGUCUAUUUCUCGCCACAUUUAUGAUUAUCUAAUAGUUGCAUUGUGUCAAGAAAAUCGGCCGUUUGCAGCUAAAAGUCUAUUAGAAAGAAGUUCUCAAGAUGGUUAUUUGCCUGAUUUGGUUAUCUAUAACAAAUUGAUGGAGUCCCUCUGCCAGAGCAAUAAUGUGACUGAGGCAAAGGUUUUGAAAGCCGAGAUGGUUUGUAAGAACAUCAAACCCAAUCUUAUCACAUAUAAAGCUCUAAUAUGCUGUCUAUGUCGUAUAAACAGAACAGUGGAAGGUGAGUCGUUACUGAAAGAGAUGGUUGAAUCUGGUUUGCCGCCAGAUUCAGAAAUAUGCAGGUCGUUGAUAAAGGGUCACUGCAAAGAAAGGGAUGUUGCUAAAGCAGAAUCAUUGUUAAGGUUCUUUGCCAAAGAAUUUCAAGUUUUUGAUUCUGAAAGUUACAAUGAACUUGUCAAAAUUUUGUGUCAGGAUGGUGAUAUGGCCAAGUUGUUGAAGUUACAAGAUAGAAUGAUGAAAGUAGGUUUUGCACCAAAUAGCCUUACAUUCAAGUAUGCCAUCCAUGGGUUAUGGAAAACUACCGGACCAGAGAAAGAUAAUCUUCUUCUGGAAUAAACGUACAAAAAAAGAAUGUUGGGGUAAAGAAUGUCAUCCACGGUUGAUGAUCUGAGGGACUUUAAUGUAUCCUGUGUCCUUUUUUGGAAAAGCUGCAUGCUUUCAUUCUAGUUUAUCACCAUUAGAGAUGUUUACUGUGGUCAUCUGGAGUAGGCAUUGUGCUUAUUUGGGUUAAUAAGGCACCAGAUAGAAACAGUAGGACAUCUUCAGUUGAUGCUAUAGAACAUCAGUGUUCAACCUAGGUAACUGGAACAGUAGGUCAUCUGGAACUAGCUUCAUCCCUUCAGCUCUCAAGAAAUAUUUUUGUUGCCCUUAUUUCACUGGAGUCAUGGAAAUCCUUCAUGCGGCAUUGGCUGAGGGCAGAUAACCUGUCCUUUGAUGCUAAAGUAUCAUCUAUCGUCUUGGAUAAAACCACUAAAGCUGCUGGUGACAUUCUGAAGGUCUUGCCUCCGUCUGCCCAUACUGUAAAAGCAGCUGCUUCAAAAUUUCUAUUGAAUUGGUUGGUCCAGCCUGAGCAUGAACACCGCAAAUGGUCUGCUGCAAUUUCUCUUGGAUUAAUCUCAAGUCGCCUACAUGUUACUGAUCAUAAGCAGAAGUUUGGGAAUAUCGCGAGACUUGUUGAGAUAUGGCAUGCCUUCAGGUGAUGUGUAGUAGCAAAAGCACCCUUGUCAAAGGAGCCUGUGGGGUUGGCUUGGGGUUUUCUUGCCAAGAUCUUCUUACCAGGGGUGAUGCCGCUGAUAAUUCUAGCACGGUGAAAGACUCAGACAAGUUAUCAGAAAGGGAUUUGCUUGGUGACAUAGUUAAGGCAUUAUUACGUAUGAUAAGUGAGAUCACUCAAGUGGCUCCUGAUAUUUUGGAAAGUCUCUCUUAUUUCCCACCUAGCAGAUAUGAUAUAGAUACAAGUAUAACUGGUGAGUUGUCAAAUGAGAACUGGGAUAACUUUCUCGAAGAUAUCUGGGGUAUUGCUGGACUUGUUCUUGGUUUGGCGAGUUCUGUUGGUGCAAUGUACAGAGCUGGGGUGCAUGAUGCUAAUUUCAAGAUAAAAGAUGUUAUGGUAUUUUGGGUUCCGCAUAUGAAUAGAUUUGUUCAAGCUCUGAUUCUUACUCUGGGGGUUCUGUGAUAAUUUUGUUGGUAGGAUCUUGUCUUGCAACUCCCAUUGUUUUGGCUUUCUGCCAAAGAGUAGAAUUGAUGGAUGAGACUGAAGUCAGCCAUUUAGUAAAUGGUUACAGGGAGCUCAUUUCUGAAUUACUGUCUGUCAAAAGAUCUGGCACUUUCUAUCACAGCUUAUUGAUGGCAUCAUGCAUAGGGGCAGGCAGUCUUCUAGCCUGCAUACUGGAUGAAGGGGUGCAUGCUAUUGAAGUUGAGUGUGUAAAGAGUCUACUAGAAUUGUUCAAAAAAUGCUAUUCUAGUCUUUACCCUACUUUAGUCCAUUUCAGAGGGAUGCUUGGAGUUGUUAACCCUAUGGGAGCAGGUGCUGGGAUCGUGCUUGACAGGCUUCCGCUAACCUAAGUGCAGGCAGCUUUUGAACAGAAGGUAUAGAUCAGUUACCUGCUCUACAAGUGUUUAGACGAGGCUUCUCUUGAUUCUCUUGAGUACAUAUCCCAUCAUAGAAAAAUGCAGGGAGGUGGUUUUCCUUGUUAGCUGCACGGCAAUUGGCUGCCGUGGUAGGAGUAGAUCAGUUAAAUUCUUUGAAGGAGUGGUCUGAGGCAGUUACAUGCUUAGGAAAGGCUUUGAAACAUUGGUUGGUGGAUCCCCUACAGGUUUCACAGGAAGGCCCGCAACAAAGAGAUGGCUAGCUUCUAGAAGUUCUGAAAAAAAAAAUUUCAAGCCAAAACUAAGCUAGUUAGAAUUGGUUCCAUCCCUUUGACUGAGCUGGGAAGACUAAAAGCUCUGAUAUUGAAUACUGAAUCCGAUGGCAUAUGGGACGUGCUUGUAGAAGUUGUAGCAGCUUUGCAACAUGCAGAGGGAAGUAUCAAAAGACAGUGGCUCAUUGAUGCAGCUGAAAUUAGCUGUGUAUCAAGUUAUCCUUCCACAGUUGGUGCUAGGCGUAAUUCC